AUAGGGAACAAACAGCGUAUAGAUAAGGAAGCUACCCCGCCAAAGCUUUCACCCAAACCACCUUCCUCUAACCCUCUUUCGUCAUCGGACCCUUAAGGGCUACAUGUACUUAUAACUUAAAUCUUUUUCCUUUUCUUUCCUUCAAUUAAUAUCUUCGUUAAGAUUUAGAGUGAGAUAAUAAGGAUAAUACCCCGAACCGAAACCUCAAGCGAUGGAUUCAAAAACGGAUGAUUUAUUGAAGCGACCUCUCUAUGUUUACGAUCUACCCGCUCAAGUUCUUGACACCCUCACAUUAAAACAAGAUGCAACCGACGAAACCCAGGAUAUAACGAAAGAGACGACAAAAUCUACAACCCAAGAUGCAUCGUCCAAUGAUUCAUCAUCCAAUACGUUGGUGGGCUCACAGUCCUGCUCGCUUUGCACACUCUCGUUUGCGACCGUGCAGGAUCAGCGCAGUCACCUAAAAUCCGACCUACACCACUAUAAUCUCAAGCAAAAGCUGCGCGGGCGAAACCCCGUCUCCGAGCCCGAAUUCGAGAAGUUGAUUGCCAAUCUAGACGAGAGUCUCUCUGGUUCCGAUUCGACCGAUUCUGAGGAGGAGGAAGACGAUGGUGACGCUAAGGAGAGCAACCUCUUAACAACGUUAUUGAAGAAGCAAGCAACGUUAGUGGAUAAGGGAAGAAAUCAGAAUACAAUUGAUGACCAAGAGGGGGACGAAGAUGGUAAUCCGAGAAAGAAGCAAAGAGGUGGCGGGGGACAACCAUUGUUGUGGUUUAGCUCGCCCGUAUUGCCUCAAAAUACUUAUUUUGGCAUCUAUCGUGCUAUUUUCUCGUUGGAAGAAUCCAGGGACCAAAAUAAGAUCGUUGAGACAGUCAAGAGCAAACAGUUAGCACCGAUACCUGUACCAAAGACAGGUCCAGAUGGAAAUUAUGCGCCCGCCGUCUACAAAGGGCCACACAUCUUCCUCUGCAUGAUCGGCGGUGGUCAUUUCGCCGCCAUGGUGGUAUCACUAGCACCACGGCAAACGAAGCAUGGAUCCGUAGGGCCCUUGAAUAGGGAAGCGACAGUACUAGCACACAAGACUUUUCACAGAUAUACCACAAGAAGGAAGCAGGGUGGUUCGCAAUCGGCGAACGACAAUGCGAAAGGCAAUGCGCAUUCGGCCGGUUCUAGUAUUCGUCGAUACAACGAACAAGCUUUAACGGAUGAGGUACGGUUACUUUUGCAAGACUGGAAGGGUUUACUAGAUACAGCCGAACUCCUGUUCAUUCGCGCGACGGGAGCCACGAACCGAAGGACUCUAUUCGGUCCUUACGAUGGCCAAGUUCUACGAGCAAAUGACCCGCGUAUACGUGGUUUCCCCUUUAGCACGCGGAGAGCGACGCAAAAUGAACUUAUGCGAUCUUUCAUAGAGUUGACUCGAUUAAAAGUCCGCGAGAUAGACCCGGCGCAAUUAACGAAGGCGCAAGAGGAAACGCCCGCAAAGGCAACUUCUAAGCCGUCAAAACCGGCUGCGCCGAAAUUAACGGAAGAGGAAGAGACGGCGUUACUACACACAUCACAACUGCAAGCUUUCAUACGAAGAUCCAAACUACCCGCUUUACUAUCAUAUCUAAAGAGCAACGAUGUGCCCGCCGACUUCCUCUUCCAACCUAUAGACUCGCCACAAAAUCACCACGCACCCACCCCUCUUCACUUCGCCGCGAACCAGAACUCAGCGCCGCUCGUAUUAGGCCUCCUAGCGAAAGCUGGCGCAGAUCCCACACUCAAGAAUAAAGAAGGCAAAACGCCCUUUGAGCUUGCAGGCGAUCGGCCGACUCGCGACGCCUUCCGCGUAGCCCGCGAUGAGCUAGGUGAGGCCGAAUGGGACUGGGAAGCCGCGCGCGUGCCGCCAGCUCUCAAGAAAGAAGAAGCAGAAAAACGCGACGAGCGGGAGUGCAAAGAGGAUGAGAGAAGAGAAGCAGAGCGUCGCAAAACUGAGGAACAACGGCUUAGAAGCGAGGGCCCUAAAGUCCCGGAUGCGAGCAAAGCGCGAGGGAAGAGUCUACUAGAAGCCGGCGCGAAAAAGACAGCACAGGAUAAGCGCGAAGAAGAGGCACGUGGAUUGACGCCCGAGCAAAGGAUGAAACUCGAUCGUGAGAGGAGAGCGCGAGCAGCCGAGGAGAGAUUACGGCGGAUGCGGGCUGGUGGUGGAUAGACUAGUGAUUAAGGAUGAAGAUGUACGCUUACUAGAUUAAUUUCAAGAGAGACGGGAAAGAGCGAAAUAGAAGCAAAUUAAAGAUGAAGCCGUGAGAUUUUCUGACUUUGAGAUAAUUAACUGGUUCGGCGUAUUAGGCUAGCUGGUUUCCAACCGCCGAGGUGUGCCUCUGUAGCGCUUUUUCGGUGACUGACGUUUUUGUGUCAGCUGGAUUACGGCCCGUUCUACUAGUAUCUAUAGGGGAUAUUUAGGUGCAGAGGAACAGGUU